GCGGGUGUUGGAAUGACUGCAUAUGACGCACUGCGUGUCAGCGACCAGUGUGCCUCUACUCUGGAAGGAAAUAUCAUUCACAUCAUAAGUAUCGUUGCUGCGGAAGCCUUGCUGGUUAUUCGGACCUGGGCAUUCUGGCAGAAGAGUACAAGAUUGCUGAUCGGGUUAUCGAUUUAUAGCGUGUUGACAAUUGCUGCCGCUAUUGCUGUAGACCUUGUCCCUACGAUGUUGAUCCCAGGAGAGGAGCCCCCUCUAGGAACCUGUUACUUUGAGAGCACACGCAACUCUGCGGUCGUAUACAUAUUCUUGGCGUUAUUCGAAAGCGUGAUACUGCUCCUUACUGUGUAUAAGAGGGUCCACGACUAUAAAAACUCUCAGAGUGGAAUCAUAGUAACCCUAUAUCACGAUGGCAUGGUUUACAUGCUGUCCAUCCUCACCAUCACGCUCGCCAAUUUUAUCAUCGGAGCUGCACUUCCAAGCGCCUAUAGCAAUCUGUUUGACACGCUACAGCUGGUCAUUCACAGCGUCCUGGCAUCACGAAUUUUAUUCCACCUUCGGCAUAGCAACCAACGUGUGCACGAACCGUCCAUGUCAAUGACGACGCUAGACACUCAAGUAAGAUAUUUACGACCUGCAUCGAUGGGUGGGACGGGUUCUGCCAGUGCUAGUGAAGUUUGA